UGAUUAAAGGAAGAACUUAAUAUUUUACGUUUUUCACAAAGUUAAUUUUUUUAAUUUUGCUCAUUGUAAUAGUUUCUUAAAAAAAUAUUUUAUAUUUUUGAACGUUGAGUUAGAAAAUUUAAAAUGGCCCACGCGGCUCCUUAUAAAACUAUAACUGAUCCCGCUAUAAUUCGGAAAAAAAAUGAAUUACGAAAGGCUGUAUCUGAAGAAUACAUAAAACAUACAUCAAAUCCUUACCGAAAUAUAAAAAUGGAAGGUGGAACUUUGUUUGAUGUCGGUAUUCAAAGAUACAUGUCUAUGAAAGCAACACAACAUGAGUUUUUUAGGCCUACACCUAAGACUUCACUUUUAGGUGUACUAAUGAUAGUAGUGCCGUAUGUGAGCUUGACUUAUUUCAUUAAAAAAGAACGCGAUCGCCGAGAAAAUUUAAUUCGAACUGGACAAGUAUCUUACAAGGACAGAGGAUUCAAAUUUGCAUAACAAGAUUUACAUUUAUAUGAAUAUUUUUAGUGUUAUUUUGGUAACAUUGCCAUUGUUGUUUAGAUUUAUUAAAAUAGAAAUGCCUGUAAUAAAUAAUUAACUUAACAAUUUAAUUUCAACUUUUAUCAUAUUUAUAUACUUUUUUUAAUGUCUGUAAUGUAAUCAUGUAAAAAACAGAUAUUCAUUUGAGUUCAAUGAAAUAUAUAGAAAAAUAAAUUAACAGUAAAAAUGUUGUAAGAAAUGUUAUUAA